AUGAUUACAGAAAUAGUUAAACUAAAAAAAGUGAAAGUUAACUAUGAGAAAGAAAUGUUUAAUAGAGUAAAGGAUUUAGAUAAAGGGAAAUUUACUAUGAAUAGAACAGAAGAUGGAUACAGCGAAAGACGGCAAACAGCAAUAGUUGACAGAAGAAGAAUGUUACUAGCAUGGGGAACCAUGAUUUUGAAUGAGUACAAUGUAGACAAAUAUGUUAACAAGAGAAAAGGAAAAAAUAUUGUGUGUAGAAAGAACAGGGAAUGGAAACAAGAUUUUUCCUGUGCGUGGAAAAAUUCUCCUCUUACCACCAAGGGCAUAGUAUCACAUCAACAUACCGUUGAUGUCAGCCUCUCAUAA